GAGAGAGAAAAAAGAAGGAAGCCCCACACUCCCUUAUUACAUUCUUGGAUCUCUCCCUCUCCAUUUCAUUUCACACCUUCUAUAACUCUCUCUCUCUCUCUCUCUCUCUCCGAGAAAAAAGGGAAACUUUCAUUAUUUUCAUGGCACACUCAACUUCCUUAGCAAUAAACGCAGAGAAAAGCAGAAAAACGAAACCCAUCAACACCGAACGCAGAAAAAAGCACCAAAACCCACCUCCCUCCCAACCGCCGCCGCCGCCCUCUGCCCAAUCUUCAUGGGACCAAAUCAAGAACCUCAUCACUUGCAAGCAGGUGGAGGCUACGAGAGUUCACGAGCCGGAAAAACGCCCGCCGGCGGCGAAUUCGAAGUUGGGUUCUUCUUACAGCUCCAUUUGUAGGUUUAGAGACGUGGUCCAUGGCAACGCCAAAAUUGUUCACAGACCCGACAACUCACCGGAAACCAGCUCCCUCGGACAGGAAACUAGGUUACUCACUACAAAAGCUACAAACGGUUCAUCGUCUCGUUCUUUGACAGCUCCGACCAGAACCAAAAACGGUGCUUCUGCUUCAUACUCCUCCUCUUCUAGAGUAUUACAAUUACGAAAGCUUUCUGGGUGUUACGAAUGCCACGCCAUCGUUGACCCUAGCAGGUACCCGAUUCCGAGGAGUUCUAUUUGCCCCUGUCCUCAAUGUGGAGAGAUGUUCUCCAAGAUGGAAAGCUUAGAGCUUCACCAAGCGGUUCGCCACGCUGUUUCGGAGUUGGGUCCUGACGAUUCGGGUCGAAACAUCGUGGAGAUCAUUUUCAAAUCAAGCUGGCUAAAAAUAGACCGUCCAAUUUGCAAGAUCGAACGGAUAUUAAAGGUCCACAAUACCCAACGCACCAUCCAACGGUUUGAAGACUGCCGCGAUGCAGUGAAGACACGUGCGCUCGCAAGCACUAGAAAAAACCCGCGGUGUGCGGCUGACGGUAAUGAGCUGUUGCGGUUCCAUUGUAGCGAGUUGUUGUGUGACCUCGGCUCACGUGGCUCAACCGGCCUGUGUGGCUCGAUUCCCGGCUGCCGUGUCUGCAGCGUUAUCCGUCAUGGAUUCCAGUGCAAGCCCGGUGAACCCGCUGGCGUACGAACCACGGCCAGUAGCGGUAGGGCCCAUGAUUCGUUCGAAUGCGGCGAUGGACGGCGGCGGGCGAUGUUGGUGUGUCGUGUCAUCGCUGGAAGAGUGAAGCGGAUCGCGGAGGAUUUGUCGGCCGCAGCGGUGGAGGAGGAGAAUUUGUCGGCGGCAGCGGCCUCUUACGAUUCCGUUUCACGACAGUCAGGGGUGUAUUCGAAUCUCGAGGAGUUGAUCAUUUUCAAUCCAAAGGCUAUCCUUCCUUGUUUCGUUGUGAUCUACGAAGCCCUCCAAACCUAAUUAACGACGUCGUUUAAUUAGUUCGUUUUCUUUUUGUUAGUUUUAUUACGUCAGACAGUUUAGGAUAUCUAUAUGGUUUAGUUAGCGUUUUUUUUUAGUCUUUAAAUUUAAAAUAAUUUUUGUUGGUGGAUAUUAGAUGUGGGUUACAG